AUGCCGAACACGACAUCUUACUCCGACCUUCCUCCGCUUCCCGAUUACACCCUCAAACCUCUUCCUCCCGUCAUUCCUGGCUUUCCAGAUGAAUACCUCACGGUCGCGCUGCCCAUCAUUGCGUACUGGGGAGUCUCGAUGCUCUUCCACUGCAUCGACGAAUGGGACCUCUUCCCUCAGUACCGACUUCACACUCCCGCCGAGGUCUUGAAACGGAACCAUGUCAGCAGAUGGGAUGUAUUCAGAGAUGUUAUCUUGCAGCAGAUCAUACAGACAAUCGUGGGACUCGGACUGGCUCUGACGGAGCCUCCACCGAUGUAUGGAAAGGAGGACUACGACGUGGCUUGGUGGGCGCAGAACGUCCGCCUGGCGCAAAGAGCAAUUCCUGCCAUUCUGGCCGUACUGGGAAUGGAUGCAAAAGCGAUGGCGAACAACAUGAUCUCUUCGCAUGCUAUUCUUGCGGGAGCAAUCUCGGGUGGCAUCUACCCUCAGCUGACGCAGAAUGUGACACUGAUGGGUGAAACUAUGCCUGCGCCAGCGUUUGCCCACUGGGAGUUGCUGACAGCCAAAGCACUGUACCACAUCCUGAUCCCAGCUUGCCAGUUCCUGCUUGCCAUCACGAUUGUCGACACCUGGCAGUAUUUCCUGCAUCGCGCAAUGCACAUGAACAAAUGGCUUUACACCACUUUCCACAGCAGACAUCACCGGUUGUAUGUGCCAUACGCGUACGGUGCGCUCUACAACCAUCCCUUCGAAGGCUUUCUCUUGGAUACGCUCGGAGCUGGCAUUGGCUAUCUUGUUUCGGGAAUGACAUGCCGGCAGAGCAUGUGGUUCUUCACCAUGUCAACCAUCAAGACCGUUGAUGACCACUGCGGCUAUUCUUUCCCGUGGGACCCACUACAGCAUCUUACGAGCAACAAUGCAGGAUACCACGACGUACACCACCAAAGCUGGGGCAUCAAGACGAACUUCUCGCAACCAUUCUUCACCUUCUGGGAUACGCUGCUGGGGACCAAGUGGACUGGCGGUGAUGUGAGCGCGCGUUACGAACGAGCACGAAUUGCGGCGCAAAAGAAGGUGGAUGAAGACACGGCUGCGGUGACGGGAUCGUCGCGAAAAGAGAGCGCCGAGCUGAAUGAGGAGCCGUAUGGAAAAGAUGUCGCUCAAGCGUCAUCGACAGCUCGUGCUUCGCGGACGGUGGUGGGGCCCAAAAUCCCCACGGGCAAAGCUGCUCACCAAGCAAUCGGGUCGCGGCAGCAAGUGCUCGAUGAUCCAUCUGCUGGAGGCAUCAAUGUCCUGACGGAAGAAAGUGCGGAAGAGAUGAGAGCGCAGCAAACAGCACGGCAAAGCUCUCGGAAACGAACAAAAAGCUCAGGCCUCAAAGGUCUUGCAGACAGUAUAGGGGAAUCUUUACACGGCAAAGGCACGGGUAUGCUGGGCGUUGAGAGCCGGAGGUAACUUUACCGAUUUUAAUUCUAAUGAAGACUGAUUGUACAGUACAAUAUUGAAACUGCAGUAUGCAAGCCAGCAUUUCGGUGUCCUUACGGGUUGUGGUGGUUCACUGCCUGCAUUCCGGGUUGAAGGCGUGGUCAAAUUGGGAAGGUGAGUGUGAUGAAUGUGAGCAUCCGCGCUAUGUGGACAAGGGACACGCAAUGAGCUGGCGUCACGCGACCUUUUGCCGUCUCGAGUGCUUGCCCAGAUAGGCUCUGGACUCCGGCAUAUGUGAGUGAGGUGUUGUGUGUUGUAAACCAACCAGACUACCGACAUCCGCCACGUGCAAUCGCCGACCUCCGCGCUGACCCUCCAAUUCGCUUUCACCAGAUUCGGACAGCCAUCCUCAUAA